GUGAUAUGGUUUUCAUUUAUAAAUAACAUUUAUUUAUUAGGCACAUUUACAUCUCUACCGUAAAAGUCUCUACCUCAAAUGUAACUCUACCAAGAACAAGUCCACCCUAACUUUUUUACCAUUUGCUGAUCAUACCGCAUUAAAAUCCUACCAAUAUGUGCCUUCCUAUAGCCACUUCCUGGUCAUAGAGAGCGCUUUGUAACCUGUUGGCUACACAACACCCCUAAACUGUAGUAUCGAAGUAUCCCGCAAGGUGUCUUAUCGGCGCCAAAAAUUAAGAUUUAUUUUUAUGUUAUAAAAAUAAUCAUUUUAAUUUCAUAGUACGGUUUUAUAUUUUGAUCAAAAAUGAUUGAUUUCAAAGAUAUGAUAGUGAAUAUAACAAAUAAUUUAAGUGUUAAAUUAUAAAUAAAUUAAGAUUUAAUAAGAAUUUGAUUUAGUAAAAAUCUUCAUACUCUUCAGUUUUCAAUAACCUAAAGUAACAUUACCUUAACCUUUAAAAUAUCUCAUAAUAAAAGAUUAGAAGAAAAUUAAAUAUACUUGUUGUUGUUACAUUAUUUUAAUUGAAUAUAUUGUGUUUUAAAUAUUUAAAAAUAUUUAUUCGACGCUAAAAGUAUUGUCAUUUCUAUUGAAAAUUUUCAUUAAAAAUGCCAUUAAUAUAUAGAAAUAUUACUCGAAUGAGUUAUUGUGUUAAUCGAUACAUUUGUUCAACUCCUGUAAAUAAUAAUAAAACAAAAUUUACCUUUCGCAGACAAGGUAAAUUUAUGAAUAAAAUAAUGUAUACUGAGUUACCAAAAAAGAAAUGGUAUCCUGAUCAAAACGAAAAAAUGUCUCCAACACUUCCAUCUAGUCCUCAGAAACUAGUAAGUCCACUUGUAACUCGUAGAGUUACAGUAUUAAAUAAACUUUUCAUGAAAUACGUAACAGACAUAAUGACAACUGGUGAAGUAUCAGCUGAUGUAGCAGGACUUGGAAUUGAAAUUUCUCGAGUCAAGCUAUCCAAUGACUUCAAACUAGUAAGAGUUAUGUGGUUUUCUUCCAAUACCAAAAAUUUAGAUCAAAUCUCUGAUAUACUUCAUCAAACUGCCUUUAAAUUACGACACGAAUUGUCUCAAUUGAAAAUUAUUGGUGUCGUUCCUCCAAUAAUAUUUGUAAAAGAUAAACAAUCGGCAAGCUUAGCUAGUCUUGAGAAAACAUUUGAAACUGCUGAUUAUGGAGAAGAUUAUGUACCAACUGUGCGUAUACCUCCUAAACCUGAGCUGUGCUUGUUUACAAGAUUACCUCAGGAGGUUCGCGAGCAAAUUAAAUCAAGUGAUUCUUCUAAUAAUAUAACUGUUGAAGAUGAUAAUGAUUAUAUUGAUGAAACUGACGAUGGAGAAAUAUAUAAUGUAAACUUACCACCUAUGCGACAAGAUGUAUUAGGUUUAAAUCGAGGAUUGAUAAUGACCCAAAUAAAACAAUCGCUUUAUAAAAGUAAAGAGGCAUUGAAAAAUAGGCUAGACAAUGUAUCAAUUAACACAUCUCAAACAUUAAAAAUGUUCGAUCCGUCAAGUAUCAAUGCACUACGAACAGAAGAAGAAAAUCAAGCUUUCGAUGAUUUCUUAUUAAAAAGACAGAUUGAAGCAAAACGUCAAAGAAAAUACGAAAUGCAAAAUUUGUACGAAGACAAUUUGGAUACUCAAGAAAAAAUUGAGGACGAGCUAGACGACUAUGAUGAAGAAUUUGAUUUUGAUCAAUUUAAUGACAUAAAUGAAAAAGAUCUACAGUAAUUAUGUUCCAUAUCAGUUGGCGUUUCUUCGGGGAAUGUUUCUUCCUGACUAUCAUCUUCAUUUUCUGAUUUUGAAUCUGUCGAGUCAAUUGGUA